CUUAUAAUUUAUAUGUAAAGAUAUAUACGAAUCGCAUAUACAUAUUAACAAGCGCAGAUAAAGAUAGAACAAAUGCGUGGCAAAUUUAUCAAUUAUCACCUAAACCUUGCUGGCACUUGUGACAUAUGCUAUUAUUAGAUCAGUCCUAAGUACAAAGACAAUGCUCUGAUCGCAACCAAUACGAAAGAUCUACCAAUCUACAGAAUCUAGACGGAAAUAAUACGUAGUGAAAUUAUCUUCAACGAAAUGAAUCAAGUUACGUUUUGUAUAAAGAGGAGACGGGCAACAGCCAAGCAUCAGUCAAAGAGAAGAUAUCAGCUAUGUUGGUGACGAUUCUGCCAUUUUUCCUAGUUGCAAAUAUAACCGUCGAUGACGCUCACCGGCAAUCGGAAUGGGCGAUUUACGGUCCGGAAUGCACGUACGAUGUUCUUGUCAACAUGUCUCUGGCCAACGUCUUUCAAGAGAACGACAAUUUUUGCACCAUGAUUGCCACCGAGCUCAAGUGUCGACCUAAAGGAGACGAUAGUCUCAGCUGCCGCUUCCAGAACUCCCAGAUCAAACGUCCCGAUCCGACAGACAACAGAUGCUCAAACGCGAAGAAUUAUGUGCCCACAAGAUACAAGUUCGUGAAUGACGAACCCUUCGAGAUCAGAUUCAAUUCGAAGGGUAUCGAGAAUCUAGUGGUGCACAAAUCAAUUCUUAGAUGGAGGCUCGACAUGAUUAAAGUCAUAGUUAGCCAACUGAACAUCGGUUUCGAAACGCAAGAACGUCGCGAUAGAUUUACAAUUAUGGAAAAUUCAACAGUAGGUCACUGCGAAGUUGAUGUUAAAAUCACUCGUAGAGAUUCCGAUUUCAAGGAGGAUGAUUCUAUUGAAGACGAUGAUUCUUUGAUUGAAGAAAGCGACAGUUUCGAGAUCGGAUUCAUGUUAUCAAAUGACGAACAUGCGCAUUCUUUAUCUAUGGAAAAGUUCUAUGGUUUACAAGUAGAAAAAAUACGUCAGCCGAAAAGAUGUCCACAUAGAACAAUGUACUUCUUUGGAAAUCAUAAAGACUAUAGUCACGAUGAUAGGCAACUUUACAUGGACAUGACUACUUCCGAAAGCCAUAUCACGAUUUCAAAGAGUAAAUUUGUAACCUAUACAAUAUCGGAGGGUACGAUAAAAACAGCAAAUAAAACGCGGAUUAUGCGGCCUACCCAAAACAUAAGCCUAAAAUUGAAGCGAAUAGAUAUUGCCCGAUCUCCGCUGCCAGAGAUUCAAAAUCCAGCCUCGACCAGUUUAUUCGCUUUUUCAAAUUUAGAAAUUGUACAUGAAGAAAUUAUACAUAAUCUAAAAUAAUUGUCGCGUUGAAGAAAAUCCGUUUCGCAAAUAUAUAAAACUAUCGCUAUAAAUUGCUAUAAGUAAAAUCUUAUAAAUAUGCUUAUUAAUUAAUA